AUGACCGACGGUCAUAGUGCUCCCGUGGCCGAUGCCCCUGCAGCAGCAGCAGUGGCCGACAACACCGCCGCACCCGUACCAGCCGACGUACGCUCCCAUGCUGCUUACCACCAUGACACGGCCCCAUCGCAUGAGAAAGAGCAGGGCUCCUCAGUGGGCCGUCUGACUCCACGACCAACGUUCCUGGAGAACUUGGCCAACUCGCGAGACACGCAAUUCCAGCUCGACCGACGUGAUUCUAGUGAAUUGGAUCGAUAUUUCCAUGGCCCCCGCAAUAUGGAGAAACACUCGAAAUGGCCAAUCUUCAUGCGAAUGCAUGGCAGUGUCAUGCCAAAGAUGAUACUGCCACUGCUGUUUGUUGCUGCUUGGUCGACGUUGAUCACCUUGAUCUCGAAGAAAGUUCACUCUCGUUUCGUGGUGGGUUUGGCUUUGUCUUUCCGCAGUUCGACUGCAUAUGAGAGAUGGGCCGAUGGACGCAAGUACUGGUCUCAGCUCAUUCAGACAUCUCGCAAUCUUUCACGAACGAUUUGGAUCAACACCGGCGAAAGGGAAGGCGAAGAGGGAAAAGAAGACCUCUUGAGAAAACUCUCCGCCAUGAACCUCAUUCUGGCCUUUGCCGUCGCCCUGAAGCACAAGCUUCGAUUCGAGCCCGAUAUUGCCUACGAAGAUCUGGCUGGUCUUGCUGGACACUUGGACACAUUCGCCCGUGAUGCCCAUGACCGCAGGGUUGUCAACCCCCCAGUUAAGUCUAUGUGGAAGUCGGCAGGUGAGUAUCUUGGUGUGUCUUUUGCCGAAUCGAAUCCUCGCAAGUUGGUCAAGAGGUCCAAGAAGCCCGUGGGGCAUCUUCCCUUGGAGAUUCUCAACCAUCUGUCCGCAUAUAUCGACUCAUGUGUUGCCAAUGGUACCCUGGUAUCAGCUUUGCACCAGGGCCAAGCCAUCACCAUGAUGGCCACCUUGAACGAGGUUUUGACUGGCACAGAACGUGUUCUGGACACCCCUCUGCCAACAGCGUAUUGCAUUGCUAUCUCUCAGAUCGCAUGGAUCUAUAUCCUGGUCCUUCCAUUCCAGCUAUACACUGCUUUGGAGUAUAUCACUAUCCCCGCUUCAAUUGUGGCCGCUUACAUUAUCCUCGGCUUGGCUACAAUCGGAAGCGAAAUCGAGAAUCCCUUUGGUCAAGAUGUGAACGAUCUUCCCUUGGAGACGUAUUGUCGUCAAAUUGCGGUGGAAAUCGAUAUCAUUACUGCCACGCCGCGACCGAAUGUCGAUGAUUUCAUGGAACGUGCCGAUAACCUCGUUCUCUUCCCACUUAGCCAGAUGGGAUACCCUGACUGGAAAGAGAGAAAUGUGGAGGACAUCCGCGGUGCUCUCAGGACAAAAAUGGUUGUCAGCCCAUCGGCUGCGGCAUCGGAUUCCUCUACUAUUGUAGAGAAUAUUCGCACAAAGUCCUCUGGGUCUGUGUCUGUCUGA